AAAAAAAAAAAAAGGCAACCUCAGUCACCGUGGAAACUGGCGGCGGUUCCUCUUCCUCUUUUCCCCACUCCAUCCCCCCUCCUUCCCUCCCAUCUCCUCCCCAUAUCUCCGACAGCGGCAUUAGCAGCGCCUCCAGUUCUUACCGUCGAUUGGAUCCGAGAAGCAGUUCAAGGGGCGUCCGAUGCGCGCUAAAUGGGGAAGCCCGAGGAAGUCCAGCUCGAUAUCCCGGAGGACGGGGCCGGCGGCGGCGGACGUGGCGGCGGACUCGACCUCCUCUGUCCCUGCGCCCCUGCCCUUGCCACGAUCGGGAAGGCCUUCACCCUGAGGUGCGCCGUCGUGUUGCUCCUCAGCGCCUGCGUGCUCCUCCCCGCCAUCUUCUGGCUGCCGCCCUUCCAUUCCCUCCGAUCUGGCUUCGUCCCCAGCGACCCCGAUAGCGCCUCAGCUAAAAUCCAGGCCAGCUUCAUUUUGCAAAAGCCAAUUUCACUGCUUGCUGAUGAAAGUGAAAGACUGGAAUAUGACAUUUAUGAGGAAAUAGGAGUACCAAAUACUAAGGUUUCAAUUGUUUCCAUGCACUCUUUGGCUCCAGCAAACUCUACUUAUGUAGUAUUUGGUGUUCUUCCUGAUUCAAGAUAUCCCUUAAUUAGUUCGCCUGCCUUAAGUGUGUUGAAAUCAUCUUUGGUAGAGUUGGUCCUCCAACAAUUGAAUCUAUCUUUGACACUAUCACUUUUUGGGCAUCCGUCUUCUUUUGAACUUUUGAAGUUUCCUGGAGGGAUCACUGUGUUUCCGACGCAAACAGCUUCUAUCUGGGAGAGAACCCAAGUCCUAUUUAACUUCACAUUAAAUAAUUCCAUUGUGCAGAUCCAGAAGAAUCUUGAUCAGUUGAAUUAUCAGCUGAAGUAUGGGUUGGAUCUGAGAACUGAUGAGAUUGUGUAUGUACAGCUGACAAAUGUGCAUGGUUCAACUGUGGCACCACCAGUUACUGUUCAGGCUUCAGUUUUGUCGGAUGUUGGGAUGAGCAGUCUUUUGCCAUAUAGACUCAAACAACUAGCUCAGGUCAUCAGUGGGCAUCAUGCAAAAAAUCUUGGCCUCAAUCACUCUGUUUUUGGCAAAGUAAAGGAAGUGCGAUUGUCAUCAUACCUCCAGCAUUCGAUCUCAUCUCUAGCCCCUAGUUCAUCUCCAUCUCCUUCCUUGGCACCUUCCCCAUCUCCAUCUGAGGAUAUUCCACAUACGGCACCAAUUUCUUCCAACCCCACUCUCUCUCCUUCUCAUGCUCCUUCUCCGUCAACUAAUCACCAUCACCCGUACCCAUGUUUCAAUUGUGAUGCUUUGUCACCAUCCGAAAGUCCAAUGUCAUAUGCACCCGCCCCUGAAAAUGGCCCUCAACCACCAUUUCUAUCUUUGGUUUCACCUGGACCUUCAAUGACAAAUUCUGCUCCAUCUCCUGAAAGGGAGCCAUGCCGUCCGCCAUCACUUCCUCCUAAAACUUUUCCAGGAAAUCAUGCUUAUGCGCCUGUUCCUUCAGAACAUUCACCUUACUCAGCCAUUCCUCCACAACACAAACAACUGGGACCAGUUUCCCAGUUGGCCCCAAAUCUUUCACCAUCAUCACCUGCAGUCGCCUAUGGAACCAGUCCAGUGAAAGGCAAUGGAAGUGGCAUGGCUCUAACAUCACCAGUUUCUAUGCUUUCUCCGGUCUCUUCAUCUUCAACAUCUCAUGCUGUAGCCUCUUCCCACAGAGAGAUAUGGCUGAUUGUGUGGCUGGGACUUUUGUUCUUCCAUUUGUAAUGCAGCCUGUAAUGAUGUGUUACCGUCCUGAUAAACUUGUAUUGCCUGACUCAAGAGCAUUGGCAGUAUCUCGAGGUCAGAUAGGAAUGCAUGGUGCUGGUGGAACUGUGGGCUAGAAAAUGGAGAGGCCCCCUGCUAGGUAGGAUAUAUAUGGUUGGUUUGCGGGGGCCUGAGGAAAUUUCAACUAGUGUAGAUAUGAAUGACGGCAUAUUCGACAGGGUCGAAGCUGCGAAGGUGGCUUGCCUUUUUGACUUCCUCUCUCAACAGAAGUUCUCCCCGAAGGGCCGGAGCACUUCAUAGGCAGUUGAUGCAUUUGGGAGUGCAAUUUUCUCUUAACCCCCUUCUGUUGUAAAAUAACCUCAUGGUUCAAUUGUUAAAUAUCUCAACCAAAUAUUACAUAUAAAAUCACUGAUCUUGUCUUGGAAUUGCAAAAUCCACCUUCCAUGA